GACACGACAAUGCGCAUGAUCCUGCAGGUUCCCAUCUGGGCGCAAAGAGUGAUCUACAUCCAGGGCAGUUGCCUGAAGGAUGUUGACCUCGCGCGUGCGCGCAUGAACGAGGCCGAGGCUUGUUUUGUGCUCGCCGCGCGAAAUUACGCUGACAAAACUGCUGCUGAUGAACACACGAUUCUGAGAUCAUGGCAUAAAGACUUUGCUCCGACUGUGCCUCAGUAUGUCCAGAUCUUCCGUCCCGAAAACAAAAUCCACGUCAAGUUCGCCGAGCACUUGGUCUGCGAGGAUGAGCUCAAGUACGCGCUGCUCGCCAAAACUGCCACGUGUCCUGGUGCCUCCACACUCGUCACCCUUCUGCUUCCACAGUCGAGAGGACAGGAGGGCCAGACAUCGUCAGAAGAAUGGCAUCGACUCUACGGCCGAUGCUCAGGCAACGAAAUUUAUCACAUAUUGCUGCAAGACUCUAGGUUUUUCGGCGAAUACGAAGGAAAAAGUUUCACCUAUGCAAGCUUCCAUUCGCAUAGAAAGUACGGUGUAGCACUAGUCGGCGUGAGGCCAGCAGAACUGCCCGAGUUCUACGAAGACACAAUUCUGCUGAACCCUGGACCAAGACACAUCAUGAAGAAGACUGAUACCUUAUAUAUGAGUAUAACUAAGGAGGAGAACUCUGCUUUCGUUGUCGCCAACAAUAUCAACGGACAGGAGACAAUCGCUGUUAAGACUGAUGGUAUUUACCAAAUUUCAAUUACAAAAUUUCUGGACAGAAAAUUGUGA